ACUUUACUCACUGGGCUUUAUUCUAUAGUACAUUCAAAGUUAUUGCCCUACUUCAGGUCGAAUAUUGGUACGUGACGGAGCUUUGUAACAUGGUCGAUUGAAUUGAGGUGUUAUAAUUUUAUUUUUAUACUUCAGUGCACGCAUUUUUCGCGUGGUUAUAACAGAACAUUAAUAUAAAAUGGUGAAAUUUUGACGGUAGUUAAUGAAUUAGGUCGCUAAGUGAUAAUAAAAUAAAGUUAUGGCUGGUGGUUUUGGAAAUGCGAGGACAGAGUUAUGCUAAUUCUCUCCCCAUGUUACCGGGUUUCACCUAUAUACCUGCCGUAGAAAGUUCAAUUCAGAUGUCUGCCGCUCCGCGGGAUUCGCGAUUCAGUCGCUCCUGUGAGCUGGUGAGGUGUGGACGUGAACUGCGCUGCCUCAGUACUCGCGAUAACUUAGCACUGACUGUUACUUCUCUUGACUAAUUGUGUAAAUUUAUUGAAUAUUAUAGUGGAGACCUGCCCUAUCUUUGACUUUACAACUGGAUAAACAGUCUGGGAUGACAUCUGUGGGCCUCAGGCGACGGUGAAGUGACCGCCGAAAUGUCGGCGUGUGUGCUCGCGUUGCUGCUACUGGCUCGCCCCACGGCGUUGCUCGCUCUCGAUAUAUCUCAAUGCAUCGCACCGCUCGGCAUGGAGAGCGGUCUGAUCCCGGAUCGAGACCUAACCGCUAGCUCCUCCUUCGACGAUGGCAACGUGGGACCGCAGAAUGGACGGUUAAAUCAAGAGACAAAAGGCGGUGCUUGGUGCCCUAAGCCGCAGAUCACGACGGAAUCCACGGAGUGGCUGGAGAUAGAUCUUCAUACGGUACACGUUAUCACGGGCACGGGUACACAAGGGCGCUUCGGUAACGGACAGGGGGCUGAGUACGCGGAGGCCUACGUGCUAGAGUAUUGGAGGCCGAAACUAGGGAAGUGGGUUCGAUACAGGGGCAUCGAUGGACAAGAGAUCCUGACUGGCAACACGAACACCUACCUGGAGAAGAAGCAUCACCUAGAGCCGCCUGUGUGGGCCUCAAAGAUCCGUUUCAUUCCAUACAGCUCCCACCGCCGUACCGUCUGCAUGCGGGUAGAACUCUACGGAUGCUACUGGAGUGUGGGGAUAGUAUCGUAUUCGAUGCCGAAGGGCGAUCAGAGGAGCAAUGGAGUCGAGUUGACGGAUAUUAUAUACGACGGCCAGUGGGGGGAGGAACUCAGGGGGGGUCUGGGUCAACUGGUCGAUGGACAGUUCGGGGGAGAUGAAAUCAGAGAGGCCUCGAAGAACUCCGUGUGGGUCGGAUGGAGGAACGAUUCGAGGCCAACCCCUCCAGUUAUGAUAUUCGAGUUCGACAAAGUGAGAGAAUUCUCCGCCGUCCACCUAUACUGCAACAACAAGUUCAUGAGAGACGUGCAGGUGUUCUCGGAGGCUAUAAUAUCGUUUUCGAUAGGCGGCCGUCAGUUCCAGCCGGAGCCGGUCAGGUUCACUACAAUAGAGAACAACAUCUUCGAGAGCGCGAGGAACGUCACCAUCAAACUGCACCACCGCAUAGGACGCUGGGUCAGAAUCGAGCUGAGGUUCGCCGCCACCUGGAUACUCAUCAGCGAAGUUGUCUUCGACUCCGAUGUCGCUCAAGGGAAUUACACUCCGGAGAGUCAAAAGCCGGGAGUGAAAGAUAAAACGAAGUUACCAGCCACGAAAGAGCUGCCGAUAUCGACAGCACACACAGAAGAUCCGUUGUACAUGGCUAUCGUAGUGGGAGUUCUAACAGCACUGGUCAUACUUCUAGCCGUAGCGGUAUUCUUUAUAAUACAUCGCCAUAGACAUAGGAAGUGCUUCGCGUCUCCUCUAGCUAAGACAACGAUAGCCCAACGGACAGUGUCAGAGAAUUACAACCCGUGUACCUCGAUGCUGCCGGAGAACAAGAUUGUUAUAGACUGUCCAUUGGACGUGAAGUCUGAUGAAUACCAGGAGCCGUACCAAGCAUUAAAAUGCGCUCCGUACUUCAGUUACAGUACUGUCCUGUUAGAGAUGAGGGACUUCGUUAAGGAUUCCAAUGCAGCGCUAUCUGAUAGUUCAAACUACGAUUACGCAGUGCCCGAGCUAAGCUCAGCGCCGCUUCUGACGAAGCGAUUAGACACGCUCUCGGACCGAGCCACCGAGCUGGUGUCUGACGUGGAACACCUGGAACAGCUGGGACACCUGGAACACAUGGACGCGAUGGACUGCGAACUGAACCGAUCAGUGAACUCUAUACGGUCCAAGCAUAGCAAUAGGAGUCAGCAAGAGAUGCUUAUCGAGUUGAAGCGUCGUCUGGAGAGUACCGAGGUGAUAGAGUUCCCGAGACAUAGACUCCGCAUGAUAUCCAAACUGGCUGAAGGAGCGUUUGGAACUGUUUACGUGGCGGAGGCUGACGGCGUCCCGGAGUACGAGGGAGGCGUCUGCUCAGAGAAGAGAUUAGUUGCUGUCAAAUUCCUAUGCAGCGACGCGUCACUCAACGAGAGGUAUAUCAUGGAGGAGUUUGAGCGUGAUGUUCGUAUAUUGGCCGCGUUGUCAUCGCCGUACCUGGCCCGUGUGUUGGGAGCGUGUCGGUCACCGCCGCUAGCUGUAGUGCUCGAGUAUCUCGAACUGGGUGACCUCUGUGCGUUCCUACGAACGACAUCACCUCCGAGCACGAGCACGUUGCUCCACAUCGCCACGCAGAUCGCAUCCGGAAUGCACUAUUUAGAGUCGCUGAACUUCGUGCACAGAGAUCUGGCGACCAGGAACAUCCUGAUAGGUAAGAACUAUCAGAUCAAGAUCAGCGACUUCGGAACGGACAACGAGUCGUACAGCUGCGAUUACUAUAAGGUGGACGGUCGUAUACCUCUGCCACUUCGCUGGGCCGCCUGGGAGUGUGUACUGCGGGGCGAGUAUACUACCAAGACGGACGUGUGGGCCUUCGCUGUAACACUGCACGAGAUAUUCUCACUGUGCCGUCGACGACCGUACGAGCAGUUCACCGACGCCGAGGUGUUAGAGAACCUGUCCCACUUGGAGGCGGACGACGGUCUGUUCACAUACAUACCCCGCAGCCCGGGCUGUCCUCGCUCGUUGUAUGACGCGAUGCGUGCGUGUUGGAGACGUCGUGACGCCGACAGGCCGACCUUCAGCGAGCUCCACUCCUUCCUCCAGCGGACCGGACGCGGAUACUCGUGAUGUACGCCCUGCACCUGCUCGAUGAACUACAGGUUGUCACACAUAUGAGAUCAUCAGUAGUCAUCUUGUUGGGAGGUUUACUAUCGGUCUUGGAAGUCAUACCGCUGGUUUGGGUUUCAAUUGUUCUGUUUCCAUCAAAGUAUAAUAUUAUUUUUAAUGGCCGUUGUCGUUUGACAUGUGUUUGUUAUUUAUAUGUAAUUAUGAUGCCAUAAUAGUGUCACAUUUAUUUUCGUGAACAAUAUAUAUUUUUGUGUUAUUACAAUUCUGGUAAUGACGGACCAAAACUCUCCUUUUUAUCAAACAAAGUCGUUUGUUAAUUUUUAAACUAUCAGUGCGGGAGUUGUGUGAAUGUUAUAAUUAUUUGUACUUAAUCACCAGCGAGCUUCGCACAGCUUCGACUGAGGUUACGCGGGGAAUUUAGUGCAAGGUAAUGAGAUCUUGUCUUGAACAUGUUUGUAUACAAUCAUCGGAUAUGAGGCACAAUAAUGUGCUGUACUCUGUCGUACAGAAGUCAGAACUUACCACUCUAUACAAUGACCGCGUCAUGUAUACAACGCAUAUCGUUAUAAGUUUAGGUAGUUAAGGCAUGUUUUGGCGUUUAUUAAACCGAAACUCAGAAAAUUCUAGACUUGGUUUCUUUAGUGACCACCAUUUAUUUGUAAUAGUUAAGUUACUUAAACGAAGACUGUGCUAUCACUUUCAAUUUAAUUUAUAGUAAAUUAAUGUUAAGUUGUAUUAGUUAAAGUUAAUUAGUGAUGACUAUAACUUAAUAUAAUUUGUAUUAUACAUAAAUAAGUUGAUGUAAAUUGUUAAAGACAAAUUGUCUAUACAGCAGAUAAUAAUGUUUCUAAUAUUAUUUAAUUUAUAAAUACAUUCAUAGUAACAUAUUAGCGUAGUGUAUGGAUCCCAGAAAGACUAACGUGUAGGUUAAGUUGAUGAGCUUCAAUUAUUCUACUUUCGAUGUAGACAAGGAACAAUAUAAUUAAUGGGACGUCUUAGUGCGGACGUCGGUUUUAAAGUCGCUCACUAAUGUUAUGUUUAACUUCACUGCACGUUACCUUUCUCAAAUUAUUAAUGUUCUUCUAUCGUAAAAAAUAUAUUUCCCUCCCCCCACCCUCCCCCCUUGACUGGUGUUGCCAACCUUAGCUUGAAAAUUAAACAUUUAUUUUGAUACAUAACCUUACCGCCGCGUAAGUUAAUAGUACAUAGUUGAGUUUGAAUCGAAUAAAUUAUUAACGAUAUAUUAUAUAGAUAUUUAGAACUUCAACGAAUCGUGGCCGCGCCCAGAGAUUAUUAUUGAUAGAUAUUUAUUUAUCCCAUCAUAUUCAUCUAUUUACUGUCGAGAAUAUAUAGUAAUGUUUUAUUCAAUAUGGCCACUGCGUUGAAAAUCUUUUGAAUAGUAGAAAUAUAUAGACGUCUAUUUUCUGUAGUCCGCCGGUACUAAUUUAGUGUUGACAUUUUAUGACAAUAUAUCGAUCGAUUAGAUAGUCGUGCGUUUUGAUACUCGGAUGAAUCUAUUUAUACAGUCGGGUGUUAGGUGACUGGUUAUAUUUAAGUUCCAAUAAAAAAAAAAAACAUCGGAGUUUGAAACGCAUAUUGUAUGUAACGCGUGUGGAAGCGACUGUUAAAUUAUUAAAGAGCUGUUUUUUUGUUGGAGCUUGUUUCGGUGUGGACUCACUCUAUGAAGGCAGAGUCGGUCAUAGCGGUCUUAUUAAUAACGUAAUAACAUGUCGUUGUCCACACGCUCUUAGCUGUAGAAACGUUCUAGUGGACCGAAACGAACGGCUUAAUUUAAGAGCCUAAAUAUUUAGCACAUUAAUUAGUAUUAAGCAAAAUAAGCUGUUUAGUUUGCGAUGUAGUCGUGUUUGAUCACUUGUACACUGACCAAUGUAAUAGACUUAUCGAGAGGUGUAGUAGUUCUAAGAUAGAUGACUAUUUAAGAUCUUACUUUACAAAACUGGCCUUACUUCCUCGUUACUGUCUAGCUUUUAGACUAUAUGUAGCGUAGAAUUUAUUUAUAUAUUUAUAAAUCUAUACUAUCUCCCUCGCCCUCCCACGACUUCCCUAUAUCAUACCUUCGUGCUGUGUAAUAUUUUGAGGGCACAUUUCAUUUACAAUAACUACACCUGCCUUAAGCGGUUUUUACAGACUGGGCUGCUUGCACUCCGGCCGAUUUUAUUAAUAUAUUUACCGGAAUCUGGGAUAACAAACUCAAUAAUCACUUUAAAUUUGUAUGAAAAUGACAAUAAAAUAAGGAAGCGAGCUGUCUGAUGUUCGGUCGGCGUGCAUUCCACUCAUAUAAUAUAUCACUCUAGAUGUUUUAAAAGUUGUAAAUACGAAUUUUUAUGGCUGAUGUAACAUAUUGAAGCACUAAGGAAAUCUUAAAUUCCUAACAAUGGUCCAAACUUCAUUCGCUUUUUUAUUUGUACUAUAUUAUUAUACAAUUUCUAUUUAGAUAAAUAAAUAAUAAUUAGUAUAUAGAUGUCUUACGCUUUAAUUUUAUUUAAUAGUGUUAACGUGUAUUUGAUGAAAUGCUUAAUUUUCAUAAUCAAAGUUUUAUGGAGAUACCAAAUGCAGUAUUUUUAUUUUAUACUCUACAUCUUUGUACCCAAAUAAAAGCAAUAUUCUAACUUA